CCUAGUUGUCGUUCCCUGAAACUCACUACUGCCACACCAGAAUCCUCUGCCUGUGAGCCACUCUCCCUCACCCGCAUUUUCUCUCUCUAGCGUUUUAGAGAGAGAAAGAUCCGGAAAGAAUCUUUGGCAGGUUCGGAGAAUGGAGAAGAAGAGAUUUGCGGUGUUGAUGUGUGCAGAGGAUUCGGAGUACGUGAAGAAAGUCUACGGAGGGUAUUCUGGGGUGUUCGUGAAAAUGCUGGAGGAGGAAGGAGAGACCUGGGACGUGUACAAGGUGGCGCGUGGGGAGUUUCCGGAGGAUGACGAGUUGUUUCUCUACGACGGCUUUGUCAUCACCGGCAGCUGUAGCGACGCACAUGGAAACGACACAUGGGUUCAUGACCUUCUCGACUUGCUUAACAAACUCCACUCCAUGAACAAAAAGCUCCUCGGCAUUUGUUUCGGCCAUCAGAUUCUUGGGCGUGCACUGGGAGGGAAGGUGACUCGUUCUCCCACCGGUUGGGACAUUGGUAUCAGAACCAUAACAUUGUCACCGUCGUGGUCAUUCUCGUUGACAUCCCUUGACCUUCCACCGAGGCUUUCCAUCAUCGAAUGCCACAGGGAUGAGAUCCAAGAGCUACCUGCGAAGGCAGAGGUGAUUGCUUGGUCGGAAAAGACAGGAAUUGAAAUGUUCAAAUAUGGAGAUCACAUAAUGGGAAUCCAAGGGCACCCUGAGUAUUCAAAAGACAUUCUUUUGCACCUGAUCGACCGUCUCAUUCAAGGAGACUGCAUCAUGGAUGCUGUUGGUAUUCAAGCAAGGGAAAGGGCUGCACUGUGGGAGCCAGAUAAGGAGGCUUGGAAGAGAAUGUGUGUGAACUUUUUGAAGGGUCGAUUGUGACAUAGGUGGAACUGAAAGCAGAGGUUUCAUUAGCAGAGUCAAGAAAUACUGGCAUUAUAUGGAAGAGGGUCCCUACAUAUUAGACAAUGCGUUGUAUUUUAGUUGGCUUUGAUGGGUUGCAGCCAUUAGUGUCCGUGGGUGCACAAUGUAUUUAGCUCAACUAUCACUAAAGUGUUAAAUCAUAGUAAUAAAAUCACAUGCUUAAUAUCUCC